CGCGAGCUGUACCAGUGCCUGUGGGCCAAGGUCAGAGAGGGGGUGGAGGAGAUGAUAGCAAAGAGAAAGGAGGAGCUGCGAAAGAACGCGCAGGACCUUGAGGACGCUCUUGCGGCCAAGGAGGCGAACGAGAGCACCGGUAAAGUCUCGCAGGUGCUCUCGAUCGUCCAAGAUGCCCUGCAAGACAAGGCGAUCGCCUCCGGCUCAUCGAGGCCUGUCGACCUCGGCAAGACCAUCGCCAUGUGCGAUGUUUCCGGGUCCAUGAGCGGUGUGCCCAUGUUCGUGUCGAUCGCCCUUGGGAUCCUGUGCUCCGAGCUGUCGCACCCGGCCUACAAGGACCGCGUCCUCUCCUUCUCGUCCGAGCCCUCAUGGAGGCUUCUCGGGGACUGCCGGGACUUUGUGGACAAGGUGCAGCACGUGAGGGAGUCGGACUGGGGCUGCAGCACCGACAUCUACAAGGCCAUGGAGCUCGUGCUGUCCCUCGUUGAGGAGAAGAAGCUGAGCUCGGAGGACGUGCCGAACCUCCUCAUCAUCUCGGACAUGCAGUUCAACAGUGCGAGCGAUGCCGAACCGAGCACUCUCUACGAGAACCUGACCAAGUUGUUCGCUCAGGCAGGAGAGAAGCUGUAUGGGAAGCCCCUCGAUCUCCCUCAGAUCAUCUUCUGGAACGUCAAGGAUGCAUGCAAUGGUUUCCAUGCUCCUCCUGACGCUCCCGGCAUCACGAUGCUGAGCGGCUUCUCUCCUGCCAUGCUCAAGUUCGUGCUCUCCGGUGAGCUGCAGCAAGAGCUGUUCGAGUCCACCAGAAAGCAGUCCGCUAGGGACAUGCUGGUGAAUGUGCUCGAGGAGGAAGGACUCGCUCCUGUGCGAGCCGCGCUCGACAAGAUGGACGAGAAGAUGUUUUUAGUGUGAAGAUAAUUUAGAUAGCUGUGUGUUGCUUGUGAAUAAAGAAAAUGAUCGC